AUGCUGGACUCUGACGUCAAUGGUAGCGAUUACACACCUGCUAUUCUAGACACCAGUGCUUCUCGAGACGGUCUCACGGGAUCAUCUAAAAUCAUCCGCGGGUUCUCUGCGUCCCAGGUCUCUUCCUCCAAACGGUUACACGCGCCGGCUGUGGAUGUCAGUCCCAUCGCUGGAUACACAGUUCCAUCUGAAGCUGAUACAACGGAAAAGACAGGUCAACCAUUUACUUUGAAGGGUUCAUCCUGGGACGAUCAAAGCUCCCCUAGUGGAAGUUUGGAUGCUGUGACGAAGGCUCGAUUGCACAGGUACUCAUCCGAGUGCCUGACUCAAUCAUGCUCCCGAAGCAAAGCCGCCUCCCUCGAUGUUGCGGUCGAACUGAUGACAAUCAAACCGAGUAAAGAAGGGACCAGUAACGACGAUAGCGCUACAGAAUCCAAAGAUGACCCUGAUAGUUUAUUGAAUAAUAAUUACUGCCCGUCUGACUGGGAAGACAUGGCCUCCAAAAGUGGCGUAUCCAGUGUUGACGAAAAGGAACUCUUUCCAUGGGCAGACCUAUGGCCAAGCAUUGUAUCGCCGCCGUCGCUGCUUUCAGCGAUGAUAUAUGAGGCCUCGCCGUUGACGGUCCACCCUGCUAAAGCAAUCAGAACAGGACAAUCAAGAUUGUCGCCUGCACUUCAACGGUUGUGUGCUCCACCAAAUGGCCCUUCCUUGACAUCUUCACAGGACAGGGGUUAUCAAAACACAUUGAUAAGGAGCGGCCUCGAUAUUCCGUAUUCUAAGCUGGGCACUCAUACGCCUUCCUGUUCUGUUGCCGCUUCACCCAAACCUACUUCACCCAAACCUACACCGGAGGAUAUUCUAGUGGAUGAGGUAGUGGAUGAGGUCAACGAGUCGCUAAGAUGCCACCUGCAGUGGGAACGUCAACAGCAAAGUACCACGAUUGAUGCCGUUUUAAAUCGACAACAUAAACUGAAUAUUACGGUAGACCUCAAAGAAUGCCCUUUCUCCCUGAAAUGUAAUAAUGAGAGCCAAAAAUAUGGGCAAAGUGAUAAUGUGGCUCCUGAUUCGCCAAUGGAGACAGGACAAUCUCAUGAGAACAACGUACGGAACCACUACUUCGAUGGCGACAUAUGA